GAGAAGAUUUUAAACGAGAAGUUAAUGUAAUUCCUUUUCGUCUCCCUCGGAUAAUGGACACGGUGGAAUGUGAAAUCACUAAUGAAGAAAGAUUUGAAGAAGCCUUAGAAAGUGAAAGUGCUUGUAAAGAUUUUACUAAAACUCUGAUUGAACAAACAGCCGAGAAUAUUGAUUUACGAUUAGAAGAAAAAGUCCCUCAAUUAAUCUGUUAUCCCCAAGACCCCGAUGAUAAAAGUUCUGAUUAUACUCCGAUGGAAACCAAGAUUAGGAGUUAUAAAAGAAUGAUUUGUCUAAUUGAUAGCAAAGCCAAGAACACCAUUGACAUUGGAGGAUACAAAGAUAAUGUUAACUUCCCAACUUUGGAUUUAGAAAAAAGAUUUGGGGCUGAAAAUGUUUUAGAAGAAAAUUUACCCAAUGGUUAUGGAAUGUUAGUGAUGGAUGAAAGAUGCUUACAACUUUAUAAAAGAGGUAAACAAAAAGGAUUUAGACAUAAAGAAGAAGCCGAAAAUGCUCAAAAACAAGGGACUAUUUUAACCAAGCCAGUCCUUAGAAGGAAAUUGGAAGAAAGGGUCAAAGAAUUAGAGGAAAAAUUAACUAAAAAAGGAGUUAAAAAGGACUAUUAUAAGGAACAGUUUAAACAAUUAGAACUAACUAAUCAACAACUAGCCCAAAAAAAUAAUCUUUUAGAACAGAAAAUUGAGGAUUUAGGGAAACAAUUAAUCUCUUUGGCUAAACAGAAAAUUGGUAAUCAAAAAGAAGCCAAGAAGUUAGUAGAGCAAUUAGAAAGUAAUUGA